AUGAGCUCGGCAUACCGUUCGUCGGAUGCUAGUGGCGAACCUGACGUCGGGACCAAGAGUUAUUCGCGUGACACAGGUGCCUCGAAGGACGAUUUGGAUGAUCGUCAACAAAAUGACCCAAAUACGUUGACAUCCUACGCUUCUCGUCAUGGAGGACCCACCCGCUAUUCGAAGGAAUCGAGUCGCAGUGGACCACCGGGCGAAAGAAGCGCGACGGGUGACUCGAGCAGAAGCGGAGAUAACGACGACGAUAAUGGUGGAACCUACUCGAGCUAUUCAGGUGGGGUUACUGGAGCUAGCAUUGGUGACGACGAGACGGGAGACAUGGGCAGAGGUGUACACGGAUCUCGUGGAAUGCAUGGGAGCGCGAGUCACGCUGGCCGCUCCAGCGGCGUGGAGAUGUCCGGUGGCAACCAGAACUAUGGAAGCUACGCGUCGACAGACAAUUACGACUAAAGUUGCGGAUGGCUAUUUCGACGUCGACUACGCAAACAUAGCAUAUGACAGGAGGCGAUUAAUAAUGUAGCGACAAGGUAGCCCUUAUUACAGGUUAGAAAGGAUUUUGGUCACGUCACUUUUGUUGCGUGGAAAAGUCUUGAGGGUCAGUAAGCAC